AUGCCCAACAUUAAGAAGUUCAAUGGGACUGGUAACCCUACCAGUCAUGUUCGCCACGUUAUCAACACCUUGAAGCCCAUGAUUGAGUUGACCACUCGAGAUUUGGAAAUGACUAAGCAAGAGCCGAACGAGGGAUCAAGUGAGGAUCUUUUCGUGGUCAUUUUUGUGGACGACAUCCUUAUCUACUCGCCUUCAGAGGAGGAGCACCAAAUUCACCUUUCUAUCAUUCUUGAACUCUUGAGAGAACACCGUUUGUAUGCCAAGCUUAGCAAGUGCGAAUUUUGGUUGUCCGAAGUCAAGUUUUUGGGUCACGUUGUGUCGAAAGAUGGGGUAUCCAUUGAUCCGGGGAAGAUAAAGUCCGUAAUGAAUUGGCAACGACCGAAGAGUGUAUUCGAGAUUCGUAAUUUCUUGGGCUUGGUCGGGUACUAUCGUCGUUUUGUGCUUGAUUUCUCUUGCUUAGCAGCUCCAAUGACUAGAUUGACUCGUAAUGGGACUCUUUUUGUUUGGGGUGACGCGUGUGAGAUGGCCUUUGAGGAAUUGAAGAGAAGGUUGACUACCGCAUCGGAUUUGAUUAUGCCCGAACGGGGAGUCAAUUACUCCGAGUAUUAUGAUGCUUCAAAAAAGGGGUUAGGGUGCGUUUUGAUGCAAUUGGGCAAGUGA